UAAGCACAUCGAGAGAUCGUUAAUGUGCAAUAGAUUACACAGAGUAUUAUUGUUGUCAUGGCGUUUCUCAAAUGGAUACAUUUGUUGGCAAUAUUGCAUUACGUACGAUAUGGUUUGGCUAAUUCAAACAACUGUUAUUUUGAUAAGCGAUGCCGAUGCAGUCUUAGAAACGAUCUCUUAAAUGUUGAUUGCUCUAAAAGUGGGAAAAUUUCAGUUCCAGCUGUUCCGAUAAAUGUGUACACUUUCAAUGUAUCUCAUAAUGAUAUUCUAUUAAUCCGAAAUGGAACUUUUAAGAAUCUGUCUCAGCUAGUUACACUCGAUUUGUCUUGGAAUCGUCUAAACACUUUAGAACCAGAGGCUUUUAUUGAUCUUCACUCAUUGAAACAAUUAAUACUGCAAAACAACAAAUUGAGAUAUGAUCAUGCUGUAUUUCCAACACACAUCUUUAGACCAGUAGUCAGUCUUCAAUCUCUUAAUGUCCAACGCAAUAGUAUGAAAUAUGAUCAUACUUUUCCUGACGAUAUCAUAUCUGAUAUUGUUACCUUACAGAGUUUUUAUGUUGAUGCUAUCUUUGUUCGUCGGGUUCUAUCGUUUGGUAAAGGCUAUUCUCGAUUGCAGAAGUUGACAAAAUUAUUCCUUGGGAAUUGCUUAUUGAAUGAAAUUGACAAAAAUACAUUUGUAAAUGUACCCUAUUUAGAGCAUUUACAAAUUUCGAGAUGUACGAUUACAGUUUAUAACCCGUCUACACUGCAAAGUUUGUUACGAAUGAAAAUUCUUAAUUUAUCAAACAAUGAGUUGGACUUCAAGGGGUUUUCAAACUUGGUUGAAGAUACAGAGAAAAUGAAACUCUUAGAAACACUGAUAUUAACUAAUACAUUUCCAUACCAAAUGAAUUUACCAAAGCUAUUGUUCUAUUAUUUGGAUGCCACCAAAAUACGUGAGCUGUAUAUUAACGAGAACUGGUUUGUCAAUGCAACACCUGAAGUUGAAUAUAUAGAAAGACUUCCACAAACGCUUAAAUAUUUGGAUUUUUCAAAUAAUAAACUAAUCGACUGUCGCUUUGAUAUGCCGAGUUUAAAAAAAAUUAAUAUGCAGCAAAAUCUACUUGGUAGGUUUUUAGCAUCUGAAUCAUAUGCUCCAAUGAUCGAAAACGAUACCAGCUACUUACUUGAAACAGUGGAUAUAUCUUUUAAUGAAAUUCAUAAACUAAAAUGGUCAGUGUUUAAUAACCAACUUAAAUUAAGAAUUAUUAAUCUAAGUAACAACCUCUUAUCAGACAUUGCUUUUGACGUUUCUCAAUUAAAGAGGCUUGAAAUGCUGGAUUUAUCUAACAAUAAUAUAACAAGCAUAUCGAACUUGCAAGCAAGGGAGGCAAUUAGCAAUAUCCAAAUGAAGUCAAAAUUCAAAGUAGAUUUAUCAAAUAACCUUCUUGAAUGUGUAUGUAAAGAGAUAGUAUUUCUCAGAUGGAUGCUUAACCAUGUGACUGUUUUUCAUAACAUUAAUCGUUACACAUGUAAACUCGAUAGCGGAAUAGUUGUAAAUAGAAAUUUUGUUCACAAUGUUGAACAAGUUAUCAAAGGAUGCAGAGACUACACGAUUUUAGUUAUUUGUAUAUCGCUGGUUUUGUGUUUGGCCAUUAUAUUCGUUGUUGCUGGUUUAAUUUAUCGAUAUCGUUGGAAGCUUCGAUAUAUGUAUUAUAUGACUAAGAGUAAAUAUAAUCGAUAUAAACCCCCGGGUACUGAAGGUCAGUACAGAUAUGAUGCCUUCAUAUCGUAUUCUGACAACGAACAGAAUUUCAUAGUUAAAGAGUGCAUUCCAAAACUUGAAGUGGAAAGGAAGUUAAAGCUUUGUAUUCAUCAGAGGGACUUUAUACCGGGAGAGGAAAUUACAGUGAACAUUACAAGUGCCAUUCAUGACAGUAAGAAAACGAUUUGUAUAAUAACAAGAUCAUUUUUAGACUCAUAUUAUUGUAAUUUUGAAUUCAAUAUGGCUAGGAUGGAAAAUAUUUAUCACAGAAAGGGACAAAAUAUAUUAUUUUUAGUGUUCUAUGAGAAAAUUCCAGCAAAGGAUUUAUCUUUGGUUAUGUUAGAACUUAUUCAGAAGCAUUCCUACAUUGAAUACCCAAAUGAUGAACAAGGCAAUGUGUUGUUUUGGGACAAGAUCAAAGAAGCAAUAGAAUGACAUUUCAUUAUCUUUCUAUAUACUAAUACAGAUGUUCUUUUGACACGUAAUUGAUUUUUUGAACUGAUUAAGACGUGAUUGUUCUUGGAAAAAUUAAAUAGUCAGAACUUGAUGCGGAAUUAUAGAAGUGUUUUGUGAAUGUCACAGUAUAACUGUUAUGCGUCUGAUUUUUGUUUUAAUUGUGCAUGAUAAAAAAAACACUAUAAUAUAUCUAUCAAUCUUACUCGCAAGGGCAUAUAUAAAACAUAAAAAAGAUGAAAUGAUUCACCAAAAAAUAGACACAGUAGUAAAGACCAUACAAAACACUGACACUCGAAUUGUUCAAAAAAAAAAUAGACAUGCCAAGUCUAACUACAAUUGAAACGUAACCGAACCCUUAAAUAUUAUUGGCGCUCUUCAAGAAUUUUAUUAUUGUUAUAGAUAAAUUACGAAUGAUUGAUAAAUACAGGCGUAAAUGACGUAAAUAUAGCCUUUGUAGUACAGACGAAUGUAACUUUCAAACUAUUGCAUUAGUUCGUAUUGUGAUUUUUUUUUCAAAAGAAAAACUCUCUAUCCUUUCUGUUUCAUCAUAAUACUCAAUUUAUUGGAGAUGCAUGUAAAAGAAUUAUCAUUAAUUUAUGAUGAUUCUGGACUACUCAUGCUGUUUUGAGUAGACAGUUUUUGUCCCGUCUUGUUGCUCGAUAACAAUUGGAUGUUUGGCUUUAUAGUGUUUUGAUUUGUGCCCUCUUGUUGAAAAUUUUUCCCAGAUCACAUGUUGUGUGCACUAUACAAAAUCUGUAGCAUACAUUCUGGUAUGUAUACUAGAUCCACCAAAAUAAACGACUUCAGUUACAACGGAAUGCUAGGUUUCUCCUUGAGUAAUAACGAUGCCCGUCGUGUUACAUCUGUUCAACUGCAUGAUUGCCAAUAUGACACAUAUCUACCAUCUUCAUGAUCUACACCCGUUAUUUACGGGCAUCUUUUAUAGUGCAAGUACAACUUAACCUUUUCGAGCAAUUUUAGGCGGUUUCCUUUUUAUCUUAUUAUGGUGAAUUAGAUAUAUGUUCAGUUGCUGCAUAUGUUACUGUCCAAUAAUCUAUCUUGAACUGGAAGAAACUGAACAAUAAAGAAGAAAGUCCUCUUCAAUUUUAUAAUUUUCAGAUUUUCCGAAUUAAGUAGUGUUCAGGCUAUAUGCUUGCAGUCAACUGAGAUCUGUUUGGUCCCAAAAUUGGCGUUGCAAACUACAAUUUAUCUUCUAGACUAUACAUUUAUAAACACCAGUUCUUAAGUCUCAAGUAUACAUUACUAAAUAGUUCUUUUUGCAAGUUUUUAAUUGGAUAUAUUUGUGUUCAUGUUAUUAGAAUUUAAUUUAAAACAUGUUUUAGGUUAUUUACAGAUGUUAUAACGCGGUAUCUUAGCUUCAAAAUGAACUUAAGCAUUUUCAAAUUUAUUUCAUCCUGUGAGUCAAUCAGUCGAAUUAACAAUUGAAUAAACAAAAUUUUAAAAACGUAUCAUUGUAAUAUAUUUGUAUAUGGCAGAAACAAACACUAAUUUAGAAUGCCAAUGCUUGUUUGCCCUUAAAAAAGACUGACAUAUGUUUGUUAUGCCUUAAACUUCGCCUUCAACAUGUUCAAGAGAGCCAUUGAAAAUCGUACGUCACGUAUAACUUUACGGUGUACUACAGUAAAUGCUAGAUAUACUGAUAUCACAUGCAUGAACUGUAUAUGGGUACUUUUUGUUUUACAUAAUUAUAUUUGUGUCGUUUUAUUUUAUUGAUUCGCUGGUGGAGUUGAACAAUUGUAGGAAUGACAUUUUAAAGAAAGUUUAACGCU